AUGCAAACGAGUGAGGGUCCUCGUCGGGAAACCUCCAUUCGCUCGAUCAUGACUUUGCCGCCCUACUCGUCCAGCCCGAAGCCGACCGAACAAAUUAUCGCCCGGGAGGGUGAACGAGGUGGCAUGGACAUGGUCGUGGAAUACCCAGAGACUGCGGAAGAGCAAGAAACCAGACGAGAAGAUCACAUGGAAUCGUUAUACCAGCUUCGCCUGCAGCGCCGACAAGAGCUGGCCGACCGCGAGGCCCGCCGCCGAGAACGACGAGAAGCCCGAGACCGCGGCGACUACACUCGCCUCGAGCAGUUGAAUGCUGAAACUCGGGAGCGGGCACAACGUCGCCGCGCUGGGACAAACGGCGCAGCAGAUCUAACGACAGCCUUGACGGAGCAUCAAGCACGUGAGCGAGACCGUCGAAUCUCAAGCGUAAGCUACGCUGAACUCGGGCGUGUCCGCCAUGAUGGUUCGCGACUGCGUGCAGACUCGCAUAACUCGGAGAAUCAGGACUCUGAUAGCCGCCCUCUCCUGAUGAAUGACAGCAGCUCAUCUGCGCCAUCAUUUGAUCCUUCAAGCUUCAACUCUAGGAUCCAGUCUGUGGCUUCGUCCAUUAUGAGCGAAUCGACCGUCACAGAGCUGGAUCCACUAGCGCCGACUUCGACGCGUGGUUCCAGCCGGCCCGUCUCGCAGAAUGACGAAGGGGACCUGGGCGCUCUGAAUAUCCCACCCCCUCCGGAAUACGACCACUUGGAUUGGGGCGAUGCUCCUGCAUACCAAAGCCCAACCGCAGAGCGAUUCGGUCAGCAGCUGCCGGCUAUCAACCGCUUGCCUUCUAUUCACGUGAACUUGCCAAGUCCUCUGCCUGUCUCUCCUAUCACGCCGACACAGAAUCAAUUCCCCAGCAUCGAUGAGGGUCAACCAACCCCCGGAGGAACCCGGGUCGCCUCAGGGGGCUCGACAGCCACCAUUACUCCCAACACUACUUAA